AUGGCCGCGGAUCGAAACGCCGAAGAACACCAGCUUUUCGACCCAGUCAUGACUUGCGGACAAGUUGUGUCGACGGACACUACUAACAAGGUGAAUUUGGCGGACGAGGCUCUGUACCGCCACUACCCACCGGUGAACCCUAGCAGCAGCGGCGCUGCCAGCGGGGGCGGAAGCAUCCUCGACGCCGCGAACGCGUACACCUUCGAGACUCUCAACCGAAAGCUCGCCAGCACGUGGUGCUCCCCAUCUCUCCCCUCCUCUUCCGCGGCAACCUCGUGCUGCCCUCCCCAAGACCCCACGACCAACAACAACAACAACGCAAUGAAGUGCCUCACCGACAACUCAGGCAACGCCGCCGCCGGCAACACCACCACCACCACCACCCGCUCGCCUACACCGGCUGCGGGGGGGAUACCACCGACGUCUCGGCUCCGCGGCGGCGGCGGUGGCGCCGAAUGCAGACCGGGAGCGGCCCCGACCUCGCAGCUGCUGUUCCUCGUUCGCCACGGGGAGACGGACAUGAACAAGGCCGGGAGGUUGCAGGGGCGCGGCGUGAACGCGCCCCUCAACGGCGCCGGCCUGGAUCAAGCGCAGGGCCUGGGGCGGUUUGUCCGAAACGUUCCGUUCGACACGGUCACCUCCAGCUCGCUGCUCCGGGCACACGAGACGGCGAUGCGAAUCGCGGAGAACAACGAGAUGUGCCUGAAACUGGCGCAGGAGAAUGACCCGGUUCCUCCUGUUCCCCCAUCGACAUCGACGAAGGAGCAAGAGGGAGAGAAGACCACGCCCGCCGACUUCUGCUGCGGCGACAAGGCUCAGGUGCGCGUGCGAAGGUUGGAGGGCCUUGAUGAGCUUUCUUGGGGCGAGCUCGAGGGGGAAGACUCCAAGCUGGAGCCGUUCAAAGGAUGCCUCGCUGCGCUGAAGGAGGCCUGGGACGAAGGCGUGUUUGAUCGAGCUGCCGAGGGCGGGGAGAACUUGGUGGAGGUGCAGGCUCGAGCCAGAGCGGCCGUGGAAACCAUUCUAGACAGGGGGAAGGAGCUGAACCUCGUCGUUAGCCACGGCAGGACGCUGCGGAUCCUGAUGCUAUCCCUCACGGGCCUCGGCAUGGACCAGAUGACCAACAUGGGAAAGAUCCCCAACUGCGGGACGUACAUCCUGGAAGUCCGGCGAUCAGGCCCGGCUGCGGCUCGAUCCUACCGCCUCCUCCCUGCCCGACCUUCAUGACUGGCUCUGGUCGCUUCUUGACCUUGGCCGCUCUUGCCGUGGCACCUUUGGGCAUUGGUGACAUUUCAUUGCUAUCUACCUCGGACUCUUGUUUGUGGAAGAGAGUGAUUUUUGUUGUGUUCUUUGUAAAGAAACACGAAAGAAAAAAUAUCAGAGCGAGUGCCGCCGUAGCGACGGAAAUCUUGACAUGGUUGAUAUUGAUACAUACCUUGGUCAAUUUUUGAGGUUUGGUAUUGACAUGUUUACACGAAACUCGUUUUUUUUGUUACGACAGGGCGACUUCAGCUGAGUAAAAUGUCGAUGGUACGCGUUAAGUUCAUCACCCCUGUUGUGUAAACGGCCAACGGUUGUAGAUACAUGGUCUAUGGUCGUGAAAAUUGGUUUAGUGUUUUGUGUUCUCUCUGUGCUCAUGUUCGUGGUCUGUCUGUCUUGUUAGACAUGGACGGCGCUUCUUCGGUCUCCGUAGAUACCUGCUGGGUGUUUGCGUCGACGCGGAGUCGCGCAAGGGUUGCAGACACAGUAGAUGUGUGUUCGCUGAGCACCACCUUUUUAGGUCCGUCGGUAGCGCAAA